AUGGCGGGGAGGGACAAGAGGCGGCGAGCGGCGCCGCUCGAAGGCGACGAGCAGCAGUUGCGGCGGAGUCAGGAGGAAGCGGCGCUCCUCCUCCGCAGGAUCAAAGCGUCUGGAGCUGAUGCGCGGUUGGGGCACGGCGCAGGGCUUGUGCGCUGGGUCGUCGAAGAGGUUACCGCCGGCCGCUCGCCGUCCAUAGUGCUCCACCGGUACCGGAACUACUUCUCCUCCACCGACUCUGCGUCCCCGUUCCCAUGGUUUGGCUUCCGCCCCGCUCCCGAGACCAUCUCCUUCCUCACCAUAACAUCUCUCGAGCAAUGUUCACCAAAAUGUGUCACAUCCCUGGCCGCGCGCUCAUGUGCUCCUGAGGGUGCUGCUCGUGGUGCAGCAGCUCCUGCAGUAGAACAAGCACUGCUCCAAGAGGGACAUCUACUACAUGUACCCUCCAUCUUCGUAGAAGUAGCAGUUGUUGACCGUGCCAUCAACGAUAUCUGCAUACUCUUCAAGUGCAGUCGGCACAAUCUCAAUGUGGUAGGUUCCUGUAGUGAAAGGGUAUGA